AUGUCUGGUAAGGUAACAGAACUCCAGCGGCAGUUAAUACUAGCCCUAGUGCAGUCCGGGAUUGAGAAGAUGGACCUCAUGCGAGAAAUCUCCAUGGCUUUUUCUCACGGAGAAGUCCGGAACAACGGGGACGCAGCGAGAUACCGCGACGGUGGAUCGCGUCCAAACAACGGGGAAGCCACCGAGAAAAACACGCUUGAUAUGAGUGAUCUUCCCCCCGUGCAUCAUCAUCCACCGUUACCGGAGGAUGGAGGAUGCUGUAAGCGUGCAAAGAGAAGCGACGAUGGAGAUGACGGAAGCGUGGAUGAUCUGAGUGAGGAUGACGGAGGAGACGGCGGGGAGAACGGAGCGAUGAGCGGCGAUGAAUAUGACGAAGGAGAGCAUGAAUAUAAUACGCCCGUGGAUCCAAACAGACCAAUGUCUCUCAAAGAUGAACUGCUAAGGACGGACUCCUGGCAGGUUGCAAAGAUGAUCAAACAAUACAUGCAGCAACAUAACAUCCCUCAGAGAGAAGUUGUAGAUGCGACAGGUUUAAACCAAAGCCAUCUCUCUCAACAUCUUAAUAAGGGCACGCCCAUGAAAGGAGUGAAACGAGCUAUGCUAUAUGGAUGGUAUGAGAAGAAACAACAAGAAAUAUUACAACAGUUUACCAAUCCAGAGAAGGCGUCGAUGGGGGAUGACAGAGGGGAGUCCAGGAACAAAAAGAUGAGACGAAAUCGCUUCAAGUGGGGACCAGCAUCUCAAAGGAUCUUAUAUGAUGCGUAUCAACAGAAUCGAAACCCUAGUAAAGAAGACAGAGAAAAUCUGGUUAUUCAGUGCAAUGCAGCGGAGUGUAUGCAGAGAGGGGCUUUACCAACCCAAGUUAGUGGUUUAGGAACAAACUUGGUAACAGAAGUCAGGGUUUAUAACUGGUUUGCUAACAGAAGGAAAGAAGAGGCGUUCAAGAACAAAUUAGCGUUAGAUGCUCAAGGAAUUCAGUACAAUAUCCAAGGAAACAUGGAAGACAGUAGUAGUCCCGACAUAGCCAUGGUGAACACCAGUGUAGGGACUGGUACCCCGACUGUAAUCCAACAUAAUGGCCAGCCAGGCAUUAUGGGUGGAUGUCCAAUCACGACGAUGUCUCCGUUAGAAUCAAGUCAACUGCAGCAUGCUAUUUAUAGUAUGGCACAGCAGCAGGGUGGUAUGAAGACAAGCCCUGCCAGCCACCAGCCACACAUGGUAACAAUGUCUCCAUCAUCUAAACUCCCUCCCGUUAGUUCCCUGUCGACAGUUUCUAACUACCAUCAGGCAGGGUCUCGACUCAGUCUCCAAGGAAUGGUGUAUACCAUGCAGCAGGGUCAAACACAGCAACAGCAACAGCAGCAGCAACAGCAACAACAACAGCAGCAGCAACCCCAGGUUCACUCUCAUUCUAGACAAAUGGUACAAAUGCUACAAGGGACACAGGGACACAAUACAGCCACAGUGAUACAAUCACAGAGUCCUGCUAGCGUCAACCGCCUGACCACCCUCAAUUCAACCAGUCAACCUACCCAUCAUCCUCCUCACUACACGGUUGCAUCACGUCAAGCAGCACAGCGAAGAACACAACAACAACAACAGCAACAACUGCAACAACAACAGCAACAGACCCAGGGGCAGCAACACCAACACCAACAGCAACAGCAGCAGCAACAACAUCAACAUCAACAGCAGCACCAGAUGGCACAGAUACAGCAACUACAGAAUCUGAUUGAGCCAAGUUUCUUGCAGCAACUCACUCAAGUAAUGAACCAACCCAAGGAGAUUCAGCUGAACUUCCCAACCCAACAUCAUCAACACCAAUCACCUCACAUCCAUCAAGAAGUUACGAUUCCAGUCAACGUCUCCGGAGGAGUUACCAUGACAACCCUUGCCACCCUUAGCCCAAUUAAAAUCUCUGAUAUGGCUGAGUUACCCAUGAGCCUUCAGGGCAAGCAGCGAGAGGGGAAUAUAACGAUAGUUUCAGCUCCAAGUGGAACGACGACUGAGGAGAUUGAAGAUUCUAAAGCUGGAGUAGUGUUAGGACGGACAGUAGCUGGGAGGUACGUCAGACUCUGACAAUAGCUGGAAGGUACGUCAGACUCCUGACACUAAACAGAGUCAUUCAUAGAAAUAUUGAUUAAUUAUUCUAUUUACUGACAUUGCUUUGACAGAUUGCAGUGACCGAGUUCUACAAAAGAAACAACUUUGAAAAGCAACAGUAGCUACAAACAAAUUAUAUCCGAGUUAAUUAAUUGCUGAAGUAGAUUAACUUGAUGGAAAGUUGCCUGGUAAAAAAUGGUUUUCCAACUUAAAUUUGUUAGAGAAGAAACGAUGCUUUUAGAACAUUUUGGGGAUGAUUUGUCGAGAAACUGACAGCAAUAUUUGACUUCUAAUCACAGUGUUUUGGAUGAUUGGUGAAAUGGAAAAUAAAACCAAAUUUAUUAUCAUUUACAUAAAACAUCCUCAAAGUCCAAACUCAAAACGUGAGAAGAAAGAGGCACAAUGUCAUUUCUGAAUCCUAAGUAAACUAUUUUGAUUUUAGGGGCAUCCUUUUCCAA